UCUGACUUUUUUUUUUCGAGUCUUUUCUUUGUUUCCCCUCUUCUUGGACGCUUGAUCAAUGCAGCAGGAAACAUCAACUUCCAACAUUUCCAAUAAACCGACAUCAUCCGUAGUGGAUGAUUUCUUAUCAGCCUUAUUCGCAAAACAUCCUCCAACCCCCACUGCUGCGCCUCCCAAGGCUGAAGAGAAGCCAGCGGCGCCCCCAUCGGCGGUUGAGCAAGCACCAAAGGAACCCAUAUCAACGUCAGCACCAGUUCCUGCAACAACAGCUGCUCCAGCAUCAGCGCCAGUGUCCUUACCUACAUCUGUAUCUACACCUGCACCUGCACCUGCGCCCGUGCCCACAGCCGCACCCACCUUUGCACCUGUGACGGCUCCCACCGUUGUACCCGUAAAUCCAUCCUUCGCUGCGCCCGUAAAUGCUCCCGGGAAUGUGCUGGCAAAUGGACCUGUAUCUGUCGUCACAAGUGGAUCCGCAAACAAUCAACCUGUCCAUAACCCUCCUUUUUUAUCUUCUACUCACCAUGGAGCUAAGCGAGAACGAGCUUCUGAUGAGUUUGACGAUUAUACAAAAGCAAAACGGCAAACAUUCGAUAAUCAGCAAUCUUAUGGGCGAGCAUCAAGAAGUUCAUCAAGAGAAGAAUCCAACAAACGAAGCGGAUCUUCAUCGUAUCAGAGAUUUUACAAUCACGAAAUCAAUUGGGAUAUGCUGGCUCCGGGAUCUUGCAUGUUAAUCCAACGAUUGCCGAAUACCAUUGAGAAGCAGGAUCUUAUGGAUCGUUUUAGCAGAUAUGGGGAGAUAUUGGAUGUGACGAUCAAACACAGCGGUGAUUGCCUCGUCCAGUUCAAAAACCCUGCCAUAUGUACCGCUGCCGUCAGUGGACAGAAUGGCAGAGUUCUAAAAGGGGUUACUCUUGAGUUGCAAGUGUGCCCAGAAAAACCCUCUGUCAUCCACAGAGGCAAAGCCCCAGAUUAUACAUAUCGAAGCCAAUCGCCUUCUCAUGGUUCACCUUCGCAGCGUUCCGAUCGCUACAAGAGAAAUACCCCUUCUGGCUCGGCAAGAUUCGAUUCUCAUGAUCGUACACAAAGUAGUGAGAUGGCGAGUUCAUCAAAUUCGCGUCGUGACCGAAAGAGCGAGGAGAAUGCUCGUAAUCUCGACUAUCGAGACAAUGAUUGGAAUUCCGAUAUCCGCGAUGAACCCAUGCACGAAGCGCAACCGGAAAUGUCCACCCGAAAUGCUAUACCGAACCGCGAUCCUCGCUUGUCCUUCUCGCCAUCAUCUCGCGAUCGAGUUCAUCGUGAUGCACCCAUGGCGCAGCCAACGAGUCUUCCGGGCCCAUCUACAGACUCCAAUCAGCCGAUGAAGCAACCCACUGCAGCUCCCUCCGCGCAUCCUCAGAAGCAAAAAGCUACCAACGCUACGGAACAUUCGACGAGCGAAUCAUCGGAUAGACGCUCUACCGUGCAAAUCAUCACAUGGUCGAAUAUUGACCGUGGAUUUGUACAAUUUGUCGAAAACUCGUUCAAAGAAAAAGGGUUCACAAUUUCCGCCUUGUUUCUACGUCCUGGGGAAGCCAAGGAUGAGCUUAUUAAGGAAUUGAUUGUCGCCGGUGUGAAAGCCGUCAUUGUGCUUGACGCGCAGAAUAUAGCACAACGAAAGGUUUAUUUCCAAAUCUUCGAUUACGAUGAUCCAUCGGGCAAUAUUCAUUUUGAUGAAUACGCCAGUAUCAGUGUGCAAGAUGCGGUAGCUGUACUUGGAAAGCGGGUAGAGGUCAAUCCACCACCUGUAGCUGGUUCAUCAGCUGGAGCAUCCGCUCCCGUUAUGCUCAUUACAGCAUUUUCUCAACCGUCUCGAAAUGCCUCGCCCGGACCAUCUUCUUCCCGCAAACGUGGAGAUUCGUCAUCCGGUAGUGCCGAUACUACUAAUGUCGCAACCGGUAGUACUGGCGCUACUGGUGCUGCUGCUGCUGCUCGUGGUGUCGGUAUUGAUAGGUCUUCUACUCAAAAAACCUUGGUGCCCGUGGCUACCAACAUGCUCAAUUCGUUGUUACAAAUGGUUCAAACCGCAGCUCAACAUGAGUUGCCUCUCGCAACCGCUGAGUAUGGAGACCAAAACCCUGCGUUAACAGUGCAAGGAAGAUUAGCGGAUUUAAUCGGCCAGCAAAACGUCGUUACGAGUACUAUUCCUUGGAUGCCAGUGCCGUCCAUCUUUUCAUACGCGGGAUUGGAAACACCGUUGCAGACACCGUCGCAAGCAUCUGUCGCUGACUCUCCUGCCUCACAAGCGUCAAUGCCGGGGGUCUCUACCCAUCCAUUCGCCUCACAAUCAUCUGCGCCAGAGUCCGCUUUCAUGACAACCACACAACAAUACAGAGGUUUACCAUCCGAUCCGCGUUUCGGUCAUCCCGGUAAUUCCGUCGGACCUCCAGGCAUGAGGGCACCAGCGACAGCAAUGCAAUCUACUGCUAUGCCUUAUUCCCCCUCUUCGAGCCAUUUGAAUUAUGGUUCGCCCGGUGUUCAGCAGCCGUUCCGAGGACCGCCUCAAGGACUAGCUUCUAAUGAACAACUCACCGACAUCCUCGGCAAAUUGCAAGCACUUUCUCAAUCGCAACCCGCUCCUGCUGCCAACUACCAAGAUGCCAUGUAUCGCAUGACCGGCAAUUACCCGUAACUUUCUGACCGAGACGAUUUGGCUCAUCUGCGUUUUAUCCUACCAUAUCUUUUUCCUUAUGCCAUCAAGCAGUUAUCAUAUCUCCAUUUGAGUCCCAAGAUAAUUUCCCGCCAUUUUCUAGUUGUUAUUGACCAUUCCAUGGACGCAUAGUCCGAAAAAAAGACAUUGCAAAUAAAAAUAUAUUUGACGC